UGUAUGACUCCAUUCCUUACUGUACUCACACAGGCAAACUAACUCUCCUUAUGAUAGGAUAUAAGCAACUUGUACACUACGUAAGAAAUACAAAAAUUUAAAAAAUGAUACGAGAUGUUAUAGUACGUUUAAUAAUAAGUGUCAUUGGCAUAAUUUUUGCUAUAUCUGCACUUAUUGUAUUGUCUGUUAUAUAUAAGAACUACAAUGUUGGAUUUUGGUCGAUCUUAUCAGGUGUGUUAGCUGCAAUUUGUUUUCAUCUACACUGGGUCAAAGGAAAAGGAAGUUUAGAAAGAUGGCAUACCACAACUACAUUGAGAAAUAUAAAUGUUAUUGGUUUUAUAAGUGCUGUAUCAGGAAUCACUGCAUUAAUUUGGUAUCUCUUCCUUACAUUUUAUUACAAGAUUCCCAUUGAACCUAUUGCUGAAAGUACAGCAAUAACAGCUGUUUGGUCUAUGAUCUGUGGAAAAUGGGGUAUUUCCUUGAUGUAUUAUUCUCAUACAUAUGGUUUAAUUAUCGCAGAAGGCUCUGUACCCAUAUUAGUAGAAAAUAAUGCUUAAGAAUUUUUCAUAAACAAAUAUAACAAAUUUUUAUAGAGUAAUUUUAUUAAAUAUAAUGGUUAAAAAAUGUA